UGGAAUUUAAUUAUAAACUUGAAAAACUAAAUAAAUUGCAGUAGAGUCGAGUAUCGACCUAUCGAUCGCAACGCCAUCAGGGGCUCAUGGGUAAAUCCCAAAACAAGGCGGGUAAAGUUGACAAUAGUUGUCAACCAUGUGAGCGAUGAUCAUUAUGCUGUGCUCUGAUUUUCAUAGUUGUGUUACGCUGACUAAAAGCGAUGUAAAUUUAAUGAUUCUGUGCAAAGGUUCGUGAUGUAACGUUAAUAAUUAAAAAGAAAAGAUGGAACAGCUCUUUGAUACAACUCGUAAAUUGAAGGAUGCGAUUAAAAAUAUGCAAACAAGUUUGCAGUGCACGAUUUGUCUGCAUACUAUAUCUCAGCCCGUGAAAACCCCUUGUGGGCAUCGAUUUUGUCGCACAUGCAUCCAAACGGUAUUGCAGAAUAAAAGUGCUUUGUGUCCACUCUGCAACACUCCUAUUCAACGACGUAGUAUUACUGUCGACGAGGACAUGAAAGUGUACAUAGAUCGGCUGCAAGACUUGAUCGAAGCGGUAGAGAAGGAUUCCGGCAUCAAUAUACACCCUCACUUGGACCGCAGCCUCGAAGAAAGCUUCAAAUGUAAUUCCAACGUUGUAACGAUAAAGGACCGCGACGAUACUCCUCCGAGCACGCCACGGAAGAAAAGGGAGAGUAAGAAGCAGGAUUCAGGGAACAGUGACAUCAGGGACUACUUGACGAAGUACAGCAUGUCCGGAGUCGAGCCUUUGUCCAGCGACACUGCGAGGAAUCAGAACGAGGAUGUGGACGAUAAGAAUUCCAAGGUGCACAGUUGGUUAAACACGCUGCCAAGUAGCGAGGCUUUGGUCGAUCCUGACAAGAUCGUUCCUGAAGAGCUCGUCGACUGCAAUCUGGACGAUACAUUGACCGUCUCCGUGUCGCAGAACUGCAAGGACAACAAGCUGUCUGAUUACGAGGUCGAGGGCGUGCAACAGCUUCAAAGUCCUUUGAGGGCGUUGCCAAACAACGCGAAGGGUGAUGAAACGGGGAGUGACGGUUCGAAGACGGUAAUACUGGAGGACCCAGAUAAUCCAAGACCCAGUACGUCAGGGAUAACGAGGCACAAGGAAGAAUAUAAGGAAAGGAACGACGUUCAGAGGACGUCGCCCAGCGACAUGUUACCCGCCAUGAAGAAGAAUUGGUCAUCAGUCGCGCGGUUUGGUAAAGAGAUGAGAACAAAGAAGAAGAAACUGAAGUCUUUGAAUGUCAGCAAAUCGCGGUCGUAUGAGGAAGCUGGGGAGGAAGGAAAGGGGAGGAACGAGAGAAGAGAAAAGGAAUCAAACGUGUCCUUAGGCGUCUCUAAACUCGCCAGGGAUCGACUGAUGUCGAAGGAAAAGGAUUCACUGAGAUGCGAGAGUCGUAAAGACCCUGAAGCAUCCACAAACAUCGCCAGGAGUAUCGAUGAUCGACGUAACCUGACAAAUGUGCAAGAAAGGAGGAAAAGCCUCGAGAAGAGUAUGAAUAGAAACGAGAGGAGAUCUUACACGCCCGCAAACGAUGUGUCCAAACGUUGCAACCUUAACGAGAGUUCAACUGAAAACAGUCGCGUGAAACCUGCGGAGAACUCUGACGAGGUUCAGAUUCUAGGGGAAACCUCUUUCAUCGAGUUAGAAAGGGGCGAACAAGUGCGUAUAAAGAAGUUGAACAACCGUCAAAUGAACGAUAUCAUCGGCGUCUCGGAGAACGUAGAUCCGCCGAUGACAAUCGACAACGACGCGACUGACAAUAGAAAUCAAAUGGAUAACUCGCUGCCUCUGAAGAAACGACGCAAUCUGUCGAGCACUCCGCCUGGCGAUCGAUCGGAGAUGCCCGACCAAACGACCCCGACGAAAUUGCCCGCUGAUAAGCAUGAUCAAUCGCUGUGCGAUACCACCAACGACUCGGCGUCUAAAUGUCAGUCUGCGAAGAGUCGAGGUCGAUUGUCUUUGGCCAGACACAACAUGGAACCUAAACCGAACGAUUCUUCAAGCUCGGAUUACAUCUCGCGACUGCAGGCGGCCAAACGCGAUUUGAACCUACAGAUGGAUGCGAGUGUCGAUGUGUACAAUGCUGCAAAUAGUUUUGGAGACAAAGAUGAGACUAUGGAGAAUGUUAGACGAGUUAGGCCUACUUCAAGUAAAAUGAAAGACAUAGGAGAUGUAUCUAUGGUGAAGUUUAAAAAGCUGGGCAAGGUCUUCAAACACAGGAAGAAACGCGUUAGAUUUUUCUACCUGGGGUCCACUAGACCCAGAAAGUACGUAGGUAGCAACUAUCCUGAAUUCAAGCCGUGUAACCUUGUGGACUAUUGGGAUACUCAAUGUUUUGCUGUGUCGGACAGUCUGGAAAACGCUUUCGGCAAUAAUUUAUUAAUCAAUGUGAACAAUUCGUCGUUGGAUAAACAUGAAGACGUACAGAAAGCUCAAUCCCUUCCGAAGGCUAAGGACACGGAAGAUGUCGUAUGUUUGGAUAUGGAAAAAAAGGAUAAUGUAGCUGAAUCGAUGGAUGUGGUGUUCGUGUCCCUUGAUGAGGACGGAAAGGAAGAAGCCACGAAGGCUCCCGAGAACUCAAUGCCUAAAAGCCCGGUUCAUUUAAAGUCCCCUUCAAACGUUUCACAGAUGAGGUAUCUGCCCUUCGAAUCACCAAGCAAUUGUGUUACGAAGACCUCGAAGUACAGCCACGCCGAAUCGGUUGUAAUCUCUAAUCAGAAGGACUUUGAGGUGAAGGGAGCGCAUUCUAGAGCCCUCAUCCGCAGGUCCCAGCAGGCAUCCGCGAGUUCCGACACGGAUUCAACUUGCGAUUCAGCCUCGAAGAGGAAGAGACCAAAGGAGACAGGAUGGAUCGAUAAAAACAUACUGAGGAUGAGGAACAUGUCCCUAGUCAAUGAGGCCGGCUACGACUCGGAUCACAGCUUCUCUUCGAGGACGACUUGCAUCAGGAACUCUGACAAAGGAACAGGUAGCAGUAAGAAUGAAAAUGUCCCGCUGUCAAAGACCAGCGCCCGGUGUGUGGACACCAUGUCAGUCAGCUCAGAUUCAGACGGGGACAUCGGAAGGAACGUGAAACAGAAGAAGCACAGAAAAAUAUUGCCUGUAGUCAGCUCAGACACGGAGUCCCCUAACUUUGUUUGCCUAAAUAAGGAGCUUCAGUCGCCUCCGUCCAAACGGAAAAGAAUUCAAUCUCCUCCGUCCCAGGAGGUGGACCUAAGGACCAUCGUAAAGAACUGGUGCGAUGAUCCGAACAUGGACAGGAAUACAAACAAGCCGAACCAACCUUCUGUACCGAACCGUCAGGAAGGAUACAGACGUCCUGCGGAGUCUUGUUCCUUCAAUUUCAGCGCGGGUAACAAGAGUCAACCCAGACAGGUGUCUAAUGCCGCUUCCAACUUGGUAUCCCAGGAGCCGAGCAGAGUGGUCCAGAUGGACCAGGACUCGCCAGAUUUCGCAGCCACCAUCGACAGGAUCCAGUACAUUCGGAACAACGCCGCGACACCUCGGAACGAGGAGAUUGUGCAGAAAGUGGACCCUGAGGAGGUGAUGAUGAUAGAGAAUUUGAACGAUGAUCUGGACUUCGACACUAACGCGUUUGACGAGUGUCUGGAAGCGCAGGGGAUUAAACCUGCGAAGCGAGUGGAAGAUAAUGAACCCACCGGAAGUUCCAGCUUCCGUCCGUUGAACAAAGACGUCAUGCUUGCGCAUCGAUCGAACGGUUCGGAUAAGAAUAAGUAUAAAGGUGGAAGGCUGUCCCAAAUCGUCAGUGAUAACGAGGUCACCUUUAUCGACGAUUUCGAUCAGGUCGCUGAGAGGAUCGAAGGAGUGAAACCAUCUGAGCCACAUGGUGAUAAAUCUAGGAGGAACAGUGAAGUCGAUAAAUCAUCUAGACGUAAUGCUAUGACUUCCAAUAAUGAGAAACACGCUGAUGGAUUGCAGCGUCGCGCGAACGAUGACGCGCUGAUGAAGGAUGCGGAUUAUGAACAGGACUCGCUUAUGGACAUCACGCAACAUGAAUUGCAGAUCAAGCACUUUGAGGCCGACGUAUUUGGCAGACCUCUUUUCGAGUUCAAGGGACAGGAAAAGACCCCCCAAAAGAAUAAGGACAACGAACACUCAGCCGAAGAAGACGACAUUGUCGAGAACACUCCUGACACAAAGACAAAGAAUGCUCACCUUAACGCCUAUCGAGAAACCACGGCAGCUUCAUCAACCACAAACAUCAACGAUAAACAUUUAAGAACACCAUCCUCGGUAACCGGAAGGAGCACCAUAGCCAGUACCCCGUGCAGCAAGAGGAGUCUUCAUCCUCUCUACCAAAGCACUCCAAAAUCUCAACAGCCAUCAAAGAAAGCCAGCUCCAUAAAACAAACAACGAAGAACGAAUCGCUGAGACGCCUGAGGGAUCAAACGACAAAUAACUGCGAUAAACCGAGACUGUGUUUCGUGUGCAGCGGUUUGGUCGUCGUUCAGGUUAAUCAGGUGAAAAGGUUGGCACAACUGGUGAACGCCAGAUAUUUGACUCAGUUCGACGAGCAGGUGACUCACGUGAUCGUGAGAGUAGACGACGAGAACAACGGAGCGAAUAAAACGUUGAAGUAUUUGCAAGGGAUCGCGCACCGGAAGUGGAUCGUAGGCUACCAGUGGGUGGUAGACUCGUUGAAGGAGAAGAAAUUGGUGGACGAGGAACGUUACGAGGCGGUAGAUUGCGGCACCUUGGAGGCAGGACCUCGGAAUUCGAGGCUGAGGAAAAGGGAUUUGUUCGAGGGAUUCGUUUUCUUGUGUAUAGGACCUUACGUCGACGUUUCCGUCGAUCAGUACAGGGAUCUCCUACGAGCCACCGGUGCUAGGGUAGUCGACUCUCUGGAUGCUUUAACCGGCGAAAAAUCGAAGCUGAAGAUUAUCGUGAUACAAUCGGACGUUCACGAUUACGAGAUUAUCGUAGAAUGGUACCAAAAAGCCCGAGCAGUGCCGAUCGUCCACGACUGGGUGGUGGAGUGCAUCAGCCAGUACCGAUUGAUAUCGUUCUACCCUUACCUCCAAGAACUAUCGAGACAGGACGUUCUAGCCCUGGGAUACCCAGAAUUCCUCGUCGAAGAAGAACUCGACGCCGAUUCCGACAGUGCGUGCAACCUGUCCACAUGACAACUAAACAUCCGCCAUUUUGUUAUUUAUUCAAGUUACCAAUCCCGGCCGCGGGACUCCUAUAAAAUUUCAUUCGACAAAUGUGUACAUAGCGUUUUUAAUCUCGAAUGUCGUUAACAAAGGGAAUUUUUGUUUCUGUGGAAAGAUUAACUGUUUGUUUUACGAGCGAAAACGUGGACCGUGUACCGGCAAAAGUGUACAUUGAAAUGUAACCGUGUUUCAUGUCGCUGAUAAAUGUGUACAGUUGUUAGUGGAUUCAAAGGCGGAAUGCAUUUUUUGUUUGUUGGAGUUUUUGAUUGGAUGCUGGAAAGUUCUUCGUUGCGAAGCUGGACUUCAAUUUCAAUUUGUAAUGUUAUUUUGUGAGAGAAGUUCGUGAAGUACUCGUGUUUGUUAUUUUUAUACGUCAAAAGUAAUCAAAAUCAAGAACAGUAUUUGGUUGUGAUACCUGGGUUAAGAAGUGGUAAAUUUGUUGAAGAAUUCCUUCAUAGUUAUAAUUAUUGUGAUAUUCAUUUUUUACUGUAUAUUGUUACUCAAAUUGUUAGAUGUAAUCAUACAUGUUCUGUGCCAUCUCAACUGUGAUCCAAAGCAUCAAUCGUUAUAAAAAUAUUCCAAUGUGAUCAUCUAACAGCUAACACGAUAGUAAACUAAGCGUUAAGUAUAAGAAUUAAUUUUCAACUAACACUGUUAUGUUAAAUUAUGGGAAUUGUUUUUACAAUGUGACAAAGUUGCAUUGCGCUCUAUGUACAUAAUAAUAUAUCACUUUUCUACAUAUGUUUCUUCUUAAUUCCUGUCUCAAAAUUCCCAAAAUUUGAUACUGGAAAAAUGUUGAAAGUUCUAAUUAAUAUCGCAAGUAUCUAAAUUGCAAAUUUUGGUAACGCAUGCCUGUUAGUGCGGUGUAAUAUCAUCGUGAUGAUCAUUAUGGGCGGGAUCACAGAGGCUGCGUGUUAGGAAGGUGCAUUCAGAGCACUACUCACGUAUUCACCGAGAGACACGCGAACGAUAUUGAUUUGCCCGGGACCACCUGUAGCCAACAUUCCCGGCUCGCACACCACGGCACACCGGUGGUUAUGAAUCCCGUUCCAAUUGCCACCAAGUGACGAGAAA